AUGGCUGCACCGAGAAGACUACGAAUGGCGUUGUUAGAACACGAGCUAGCUCAGGCGAGGUUCCAGUACAACUUGGUCCUGGCAGCACUGCUCGAAGAAGCCGAGAGGGAGCGACAAAGGGCCGGCAGAAGAAUAAGACGUUGGUGGGUGCGCGAGUGGAUCCUACGCAGACCUCGUUUCGGCCAGUAUGAGACGCUCAUGAGGGAACUCGAGGCCGAGCACGCUGCCGAUUUCAAAUCCUACCUCCGCAUGGUGCCACAGAUGUUCUAUGAGUUGCUUGACCGAGUUGGCCCCCGCAUUGCCAAGACCACAACGCAUCGAACCCCCUUGGAUCCUGGGCUGAAGCUGGCGAUCACCUUGAGGUUCUUGGCGACCGGAAGCAGCUAUCAUGAUCUGGCGUUCGCGUUUCGUGUCCCACACAACACCAUCUCUCUGUUCGUCCCCGAGGUCUGUCAGGCCAUCUACGACGAAUACGAGGACGAGAUGUGGGCCACUCCCCAGACAGAAGAUGAGUGGCGCCCGGUAGCCGAUGGAUUCGGAGACAGAUGGAACUUUCCCCACUGUUGUGGCGCGAUCGAUGGGAAACAUGUCGCCAUCAAGAAGCCCCCCAAGACCGGCUCACUUUACUACAACUACAAAGGCUUCUUUUCCAUCGUCAUGCUUGCAGUGGUAAACUCUGACUACAAGUUCAUCUGGGCGGAUGUGGGGUCACCAGGGUCGUAUUCCGACGCCGGCAUCUUUAACCGGUCGCGACUGGAGCCAGGUCUGCGUGAGGGAACGAUCGGACUACCCCAGCCGGAUCCCCUACCAAAUGACGACCAGGACACACCCUACGUACUACAUGGUCGGAGACGACGCCUUCCCCCUACGGCCAUACAUGAUGAAGCCUUACCCUCAUCGGCACCUGAAACGGGACGAGCGGAUCUACAACUACCGGUGUUCCAGGGCACGCCGUGUGGUUGA